UGCUCCUACCACGGCUGGCGCUUCGACGGCACGGGCGCCUGCACCCGCAUUCCGCAGGCGCUGGACCCGGCGGCCGAAGCCGCGGCGUGCAGGAGCCGCCGCGCCUGCGCCACUGCCUACCCCGUGAGGCUGGAGGCUGGCAUGCUGUGGGUCUGGCCGGAUGACUCCCCGGACGCCGCCGCCACCGCUGCGGCCGCCCCCCUCCUGAUGACCUCCAGACUACGUCAGCGGGGAGCCGAGUACGACAAACACGUGGGGACUCGCCUGGCUACAGCUGGUACUGCGCCCAGGGAGCCACGUGCUGGGCCGCCACCUACCCCUGCCUCCGCCACCACCACCGCUGGCAAUGCGCCAACAACAACAGCAGCCUCGCAAGUGCAGCAGGCUCCGAAACCCAUCGACUGGUUCGUUCGUGAGAUGCCAAUGAGUUAUGAGGUCCUGAUUGAGAACCUGCUGGACCCGGCGCACCUGCCCUUCAGCCACCACGGCCAGACACCAGCGCUCAAGAGGUCAGCUGGGAAAGCCAUGCCCAUGCGGCCUCGCAAGACGCCAACUGCUCCCAGCAACGCAGUCCCCGCGGCAGCGGCAUCUGCUGAUGCCCCUGCCACCACCGUCGCUAGCAGCAACCAAGACGGCAGCCACAGCCAAGCCUCCAUCCCCUACCACUGGUCUCGACCCACGGGUCCGGACGUCGAGAUGGACUUCGCGGGCAACAUCAGUCCCAAUGCCACCAUCAGCUGGACUGCGCCGCACCUGGUUACCUAUAGCUACCGCAUGGGGCAGACCGAGAUGCUGAUAGAGCUGUUGGCGGUGCCGGUGGCACCUGGCCGCAGCCGUUUCCUCUCCCCGAACACCGUCCCCAUGCCCGGCAGCAAGCCGCCGCCCCUGCCGCCGCUGCACUUGCUGGGGCUGCAGCGCGCUGCCUUCCUCCUCAUGAUGAAGCUCGACCCCGUGGUGACCCACCACCGCGCCCUCAACCAAGUUCUGGACGGGGACACCGUGUUCCUGUGUUCGCAGGACGAGCUGCUACGCGGCAUGCAGGCGGAAGCGGAUGCCGAGGCGGCCGCCGGAAGCAGCAGCAGUGCCGGCACUAGCGGUGCUGGCAGCAGCAGCGGCAGCAGCAGCGACGCCACCACCACGGGCGGCGGCGACAGCGAUUCUGGGGCUGGCAAGUGGUCGCGGCUAUACUUCCUGCCCACGCAAGCGGACAGGGCGGUGCUGGCAGCUCGCCGUUGGCUGGAGGAGCGGGCGGGCGGCGGACCCUUCAGCAGGAGGCAGCAAAGGGAGCAGAAGGCGGCGGGUGCCCGACCUUUGGGUGGUGAAGGGAUGGGUCUGCCGCCAACGUCGCAGCAGAGGCAGCAAAUGCCACCAGUUGUCCUGACCCCUCUCUCCAGCCCCGAGGUCCGCGCCCGCCUGCUGAGCCGCUACGAGCAGCACACGCGCCACUGCCCC